GGCUUCUGGUUUGCGAAUCGUCAUUUCUAGAGUUUUCGGUGCGAUUUUUCUUUUUCUUUUUUGAGUCGUCUUUUAGGUGAUUUGGUGAUAUUUUACUACAUUUUGCAUCUCUGUUUUUCGUCUCUUGUUCUGUUCAAGCCUCGUGGAUCUGAUAGACUGUUCAUUGUCGUGUUCUUGGCUUUAGUUGAGUGUUCCCAAAUGUUCGCGUGUGAUGAUUAUUUCGGAGAUCUGAUGAGUCGAUGAUCAUUUUUAGGAAUUUUACUUUCCAUCUUUCUGGAAUAUUUCAUGGCACCUUCAUUUCGUGCUGAUUUUAGUUACUCUUGAGAUCGGCAUGACUACUUUUUGGUUUUCCUAAUCUUGCAUAAAUUGACUGAAUCAAGUGUUGGUUGAAUAGUGUGAUAUUUUUUUGGAGCCAUUUUUUUUUUAAUAUUUUUAUACAUUUUUCAUUUUCACUUACUUUUUGUUUGAUCGCUUAAAGUGGAACAGCUGUUAUUUGAUUGUGGUUCUAUCUACAGACAGAUCUAUCCUUCAGAUUUUGCAGUUAUGGCUCCACCUAUUGAGGUUCCAAACAAAACUGUUCACACUCAACAAUCCCCACAUCCACCUCUUAACGAAAGAAUACUUUCAUCAUUGACCAGGAGGCAAAUGGCUGCACACCCUUGGCAUGAUCUUGAGAUAGGACCUGGAGCUCCAAUGGUUUUCAAUUGUGUUGUUGAAAUUAGCAAAGGAAGCAAGGUGAAGUAUGAACUUGACAAGAAGACUGGGUUGAUCAAGGUUGACCGUGUACUCUACUCCUCAGUUGUGUACCCUCACAAUUAUGGCUUCAUCCCACGUUCUUUGUGUGAGGACAAUGACCCCAUGGAUGUUUUAGUUAUCAUGCAGGAACCAGUUCUUCCAGGAUGUUUUCUUCGGGCUAAAGCGAUAGGCCUCAUGCCUAUGAUUGAUCAGGGAGAAAAAGAUGACAAGAUAAUUGCUGUGUGUUAUGAUGAUCCUGAGUACCGCGAUUACAAUGACAUAAAGGACCUCCCACCGCAUCGUUUGGCUGAGAUACGCCGCUUCUUUGAGGACUAUAAGAAAAAUGAAAACAAAGAAGUUGCAGUUAACGACUUUCUGCCAGCCACUGCUGCCUAUGAAGCAAUCCAGCAUUCCAUGAAUCUUUAUGCAAACUAUAUUGUGGAGGGCCUGCGGCGAUAGCAUGUUCCUCACAUGAAGUGUUCAACUUUUGGAGCGCGACCCUCUGUUAUAGGGAAUAUGCAGUUACAUAAGCUUGUUUAUUUAUACGAAGCGGUUUUGCCAAAAACUAUACUAUGUUUUUUGACUGAUUUCAUAUAGUUCUUAUAGGUCAAAGUAUUGAUAUAUUUUUACCCUUGAAAUGGUGUAAUGGGUGUGAUGUUGAUGCCAUGAUUUUUCAUUUUGCCUCAUAUUGGCAGCUAUCAAGGAACUGAUCCUAUUUAGAUUUGAUUUUCUUAAAAAAUAUUAUUGUUGAUCGUGUAAAAAAAAAUUUCCAUGGCUCCAUGUAAUUAUGGGUUAUUUAUAUUGCUAACACGUCUUUUAAUUUCUUUUUGGGAAAAAAAAGGAGUCAGCAUACGUUACUCUAUUUACAACUAGUGUACAAAAUACCUUAUGUGCACAUUGUACGGUGCAAUAUCGUAGCAUGGGAGAACGUGCUUUUAUA